AUUCUUCAUUCUUCACAUCUCCUAUGUCAGCCACCUUGAGAUAACACCAUAGAUCCAGUGAAUUCCGCUACGGGACAUGCCGCGUUUCAAGAACCGUCAUUGGAAAGUCAGCCCAGUGGCUGACGUCUUAACCGUCGCCUCAACGCGUCUAGCCUCCAAGUUCAACUUCUCAUCAUCACCUUCAGGACAUCACUCAUGGCCGCGAGACCUACACUCCCUCUCGGUGCUCAGUCACACGAUGCAGUUGAUACCAGGCGCACCGAGAUGGCUGUCGCAGCAGACGCGAGCCGUCAAGUAUCGGAGCCGACGAGCAGCGCGGACUCUACACGCGAGUCAGAUGCAGGCAAGACUGAUACUACGCAAAAGAUCUGGCUCGAGGGCGACAUAAUCAUGCCCUUGAACGUCCCGCGCCCCAAAACUUAUGCUGACACGACAAAUCUUGCGUUGAAAUAUCCCGAGGUGGCUUCUCAGAUUCUCGCGCUACCCAUGCCUCCCCCUACACCUGUGGGUGGGAAGCCAACAAAGGUUGGCGAAUCCACCGGUCUUUCAUCACAACAGAUGGCACCACAUGCAGAGGCAGAGCCAAACUGGGCCAUGGCACCGGACGAUCUUGGCGAAGCCCCAUCACCACAGAAGAGAUCGAAGCGUUCUCGCCAGGAUCGUCCGACAAGGGGCCGUGGACGGCGUACUUCUGCUGCAAAGGCGUCGAAAUCUGGUGGUCACACAUCGUCUAGGUCCCCAGACCCACCAUCUGCACUCUCCUGCCCUGCUCUCACGCUGGGUGACACAACACGUUCACACACAGAACCCCAAUUUUAUUCAAUGCCGCCGUCCCCACCUGCAUCUUCUGACGGGAUGGGCCCUAGCGUGAAUGAAGUGGACGCUCUCAUUGCGCUUUUACAGGAGGCGAGGAUGAAUGAUCCUGCUCUUCGUCACAAGACUUUACUUGAGGUCGAUUUAGAGCUGAACAUAUCCGGGAGGUUGAGGCCAGCGACCGCGGCGGGUGAAAUUGCUUCAGACGCAGUUCAUGGUCUGAACAGAGUCUUGGCCGGUACUGCUGAGCAACACACGAGCGAGGAGACUAGUUCCUCUUCUCGAGACACGAUUCCUUCAGAUGCUGGCUCAUGGAGGCGAUCUCCGGUCCCGGGGGAGCAAUCAUCUGUAGACUGCAACCCCUCCUGGCGGAAGAGAGAAGGAGGCGACAUGGCUUGCUUCUCUUCUAAGCCCUUCUCCAAUGCACAUCCUAAGGCUCUGGAUGACCAUCGUUCUACUGCAACUGAACGCAGACGCUCAGGACCUAUGCCCCGUGGACCUCCACCUCCAGGCUUAGAGGGAACUCCACGCAGGAGUUAUGGAUUCAGAAGUGGGAGAUCCACCUCUAGAGAUUCUUUUGGCCAUCGACGCCCCAAUAGCAAACAAGCAUCUUCGAGCUCGUCGUCGUCGCGUAAUAGUCCGGAGCCUACUACGAGCCGUCCGUUCUGGCCGACUUCCAAAGAAGCGUCGAAGCAUCAACUGGUGGCGGACCCACCUGUUCAGAAAGUCAAUGCGGCUCCUAGCGCAUCGUUUGGACCUACUCUGGAUCAGCUGACGACGGUCAGUCCUGAUACGAAUGUGGAAGCGUGUACUCCUGAGUCUGUUGACAAUAGUGGAUGGAUCCGCGGUUGAGGAUCUCUGAGAGUAGCUGCAUGUUUCAGGUUUCUUCCUUUUCUUCUUCGAUUUGUACAUCCUCUCUAUUCUGUUUGCGCGCAUAUUUCAGAUCCACAACUAUUUCAUAUUCUUCGUUAUAAUGACAUUCAGAAACCUUAUCACUGGUACUAUUUGAUGUAUCGCAUGUUUCGUUCAAAUUGAGAUGCGACGUAUCGUUAACGUUGCUAUUGACAAUU